AUGAAGGUCGCCAUUGUGUCUGUGUUGUUGCCCCUACUAUUUCUGGGCCUCUUCCUAAAGUCAAACGAUCAGGAGCUGUUCCCCUCUUACGGAAAGUACUUGAAAAAUAGUUUCAAAGAAAUAUUGCUCUACUUCAACAUUUUCGACAUAGAGUUUCCAACCAGCUAUGUGUUGAAUGAGAAACUGCUAGGCCUACACGUAAAGGACAUAGAAAAGGACGCAUAUACCGCCUUCCCAAUUCUUAAGGAGCUAAAACAGAAGGAUUAUUUUCGCAUAUUCAAGGUCAACCUUCAUAUACCUUGCAAAUAUCUCAAAGUAAAUGAAAAAUGUAAAGAAAUAAAAAAGUGCAGUGUGUGUGAAUGCCAGGAUGAUGAGAUCCCAUACAACUUUCGCACAAAUGAAAUUGAAAUUAUUGAGAAUAAAAUGUCGACGGAAGAUUUGAAGAAGACUUUUAUAGAGAGCAAAUUGUACAAAGAUAUUUUAGGCAUUUAUGCGCCUUCCGAUGAGGGCUUCCUUUCCUAUGUGGACUUGGUUUACAACUCCCCCUCGUUCACAGGCUACGAAGGGAGGAAAAUCUGGAACAAGAUAUAUCGGGAGAACUGCUUCCAGAAGGAGCAAAACAAGUGCCACGAAAUGAAGAGCUUCUAUAAGAUCAUCUCGGGCAUGCAGUCCAACAUAGCCAUUCUGUCGGCCGAAUACCACUACCUCAAAAACGACUUCGUCUUUGGCGACAUGCACACGGAGGACGUCCUCAAGAGCGAUUAUUUUAAAAAACAGAAUUAUGCAUACAACAUGCAGUUUUUCAAGGAAAAGAUUGCUCUCUACCCAGAGAGAAUCGAGAACUUGUACUUCACCUUCGCCAUUCUGCUCAGGGCCAUGUGCAGGCUCAAGUCGCUCGUCAGUCAGUGCAAGUGCAACUCGGGCCACGCACAGAACGAUCAGGAAGCCCUCAAGCUUCUGAACGACCUGCUGGGCAGCUUCUACCAUUCGUGUUCCUCGGAAGAAUUCCUCGAACCCAUCUUCCCAACACAGGGAAAGGAAAUACUAGCAAAAUUUAUGAACAUAACAAAUAUUCUGGACUGCGUUCCCUGCGUGAAGUGCCGUCUGCAUGGCAAACUGAAGACCACCGCACUGCAGAUAGCCUUGGUGGAAGGGAUGAGUUACGAGCACAUCGGGUCCCUGGAGCGAAACGAAAUUACGGCGCUCAUAAACUCCCUGUACUACUUCGCCGAUUCUAUUAUCAUCCUGAAUAAAUUCCAAGAGAGGCAGAAGCUAAAAAGAGCCACCUUCAUUUUCUACCUCCUGUCCUUCUGUUUCUUCCUCUUCCUAGUUAUCUACUCCGUCAUUUUUAUCACCGUGCGUAAUUGUAAGAGGAUGAAGAAGAAGAAAAAAAUAAGCUGA